AUGCCCUCGAUCCUCUCCGACGCUGACAAGGAGACGGUGAAGCGGACUGUACCCAAGGCUUCCAACAAGAUUCAAGCCGUGGCCGUCGCUCGCCUCUAUGUUGCUCUCCCCAAUGACAGAUCAUGGACCUAUACCGGUCUUCAAGGCGCCGCUGUCCUUUCCAAUGACCUCGUGGGAAACACUUUCUGGAUCAAACUCGUCGACAUCUCUCCUGCAAACCGAGGCGUGAUAUGGGAUCAAGAAAUAUACGACACUUUUCAGUACAAUCAGGAUCGGACAUUCUUUUAUUCCUUUGAACUCGAACAAUGCCUCGCGGGCUUAUCCUUUGCCGACGAGAGAGAGGCCCGGCAAUUCAAGAAAAAGAUGGAUGAUCGCGAGAAAAACGCCAGUAAACAUACAAAAGCCCAGCCAUUCGCAUCUGCCGCCGGAGGAGGCCAGGUGCAUGUGCCUGGAAGUACGCACAAACACCACAGUCGCGUUAGCAACUUGUUCCGUGGCCACCGGCACAGUUCUGCCUCCCAACAGCCGCAACAGAUUGUCCCUCAGCCAAUUUACAGCCCCGGCCUCGCCCCAGCCGGCCGUCCUCAUAGCAGUGCAGAUACAAUCGACCUUGCAGAUCCAACAUGGAGACCGAUCUUGGAUGAACUGCUGCAAAUGGGCAUCACCGAAGACCAGAUCGCGCAAAACGCAGACUUUAUCAAGCGCUAUGUGCAAGAAAAGCAGGCAGAAGGAAUCGCAAAUGGAAUUGCUUCGGCCAUACCGACGGUGACGGCUUCUGAGACAAGAUCAAGGGCGCCACCUCCGCCGCCUCCGUCGGUGCCCUUGUCAAGGAUUAGCCCUGAAAAUACCGGUACGGCCUCUUCUUCGAGCCGAAGAGGCCCUCCUCCAGCCCCUCCGCCAUCGAGAAGACCUGUGGGAGGGAGGGCCCCUUCACCUCCUCGGUCGAGCCCUCCUCCGGCAGCAAGGACUCCAUCUCCUCCUCCUGCAGCAAGUCCACAGCCUAGAUUCCGAGCUCCUCCACCUAUUGCAGAUGCCGGCAAGUUCGCUGUCAAAGCAGGUCCAGCACUCCACCCGUCUGGCCGAGCCCGCGCUUCCUCAGGCUCCCUUGCAAAUCCAGGGCCUCCGCCUCCUCCUCGUCCUCCGAAAACUCCAAUCGAGGAGGAGCAGCCACAAGGAGGUUUGUUCAGAGUUCCUCCGCCAUUCACCGGGGAACGCAAAUCCUCGGCACCUCCCCCUCCACCGAGUCGUGGACCUGUUCCUCCUCCGCCACCCAGCCGUGAGAUACCAGCUCCUUUUGCUGGGCCCCCACCGCCUUUACCGCCCAAAGCAGGACAAACGCCAUCGCAUUCUGCGUUGUUCAUUCCUCAACCUCCACCUCCUCCGCCGGCGCGCAACAAUGCGCCACCUUUACCACCUCCGAACACUCGAGCAGUUCCUCCUCCGCCUACAGGCGCUGUUCCACCACCACCACCACCUCCUCCUCCUCCGCCACCACCACCUAUGCCCUCUUCUACUGGCCCUCCACCACCGCCCCCCAUGCCUUCAUUCGGCGGCCCACCCCCACCGCCUCCCAUGCCCUCUUCGGGGGGUCCCCCCCCACCUCCUCUAAUGCCUAGCUCUUCUGGGCCUGCUCCUCCUUUGCCUCCAGUAGGAGGGGAUGGCCGUGAUUCGCUUCUGGCAGCAAUCCGUGGCACAGGCGGCAAAUCCGGUGGCGGGCUACGCAAAGUUAAGGAAAGCGAAAAGCGGGACCGUAGUGCGGCCGUGGUGCCAGGAUCAGAGAGCAGUGCUCCCCCGCCACCUCCAGGAGCGCCUGGGUCUCCUUCAACACCCGCUGGGGAUCAAGGGGGCUUGGCUGGAGCGUUGGCAGCAGCAUUGAGCCAGAGAAAGAAGAAAGUUAGUGGCAGCGAUGAUGAGAAGGAUGACGAUGACGAUUGGUGA